CAUAACAUGCACCGAUAAAAAGUUAGGUUAUGUUUAUACGAAUUUUGUGUAUACACUAUACGAAACACGAAACCAAACAACUCUGAAGACGUCGUACGCAGCUUUUGCAACAAACUGCAGUUUAUUUUCAACAAAUUCAGAAGCAGUAGUUAUAUGAGAAUAAAAAAUGGUAGAGGACGUACAACGGCACUCUGUGCAUACACUGGUAUUCAGAUCUCUGAAACGAUCUCACGAUAUGUUUAUUUCCAACCAAGGGAACUUACCGACUGUAGACGAAACGGCUGAAAAAAUUCGAAGAGCUGUAAAAGCCCGAGACUCCUAUGGCUUAGUAUUCGAUGACGUAAAGAAAAUGCAAGCUAUGAAACACCUCCGUGAAUCAGAAGCUGGUCCAAAUCCUCCACCUCCUGGUACAGCAGAAAAUGAACUCAACACAGCUGAUGGGGCAAUGGUUCCAUAUAAUGAUAAUGCAUUAGUAGCCAGAAAUAAUCCGAAUACACCGAAUCAGUUAGCACAUAUGAUAAAGAAAGCUCCAACCAUGCCAAAACCUAAGUGGCACCCACCUUGGAAGCUGUAUAGAGUUAUAGCUGGGCAUUUGGGUUGGGUACGGUGCGCAGCUGUCGAACCUGGAAAUGAGUGGUUUGCUACUGGAGCUGCAGAUAGGAUAAUCAAAAUAUGGGAUCUAGCAAGUGGGCAACUGAAAGUGUCACUCACAGGACAUGUCAGUACAGUUAGAGGACUUGCAGUAAGUGCCAGACAUCCAUAUCUGUUCAGUUGUGGAGAAGAUAGGCAAGUGAAGUGUUGGGAUCUUGAAUACAAUAAGGUGAUAAGGCACUACCAUGGACAUCUAUCAGCAGUAUAUUCACUAGCUCUCCAUCCAACAAUUGACGUAUUGUUGACAGCUGGUCGCGAUUCCACCGCCAGGGUAUGGGACAUGCGCACUAAGGCGAAUGUUCACACUUUAACUGGACAUACGCAUACAGUGACAACUGUCAUUGCUCAAGCUAGUGAACCACAAGUCAUUACAGGAAGUCAUGAUUCUACAAUUAGAUUAUGGGACCUUGCAGCUGGAAAAUCAAUAUGCACCCUAACCAAUCACAAAAAGAGCGUGAGAGAUGUUGUUUUCCACCCGACCUUUUACAGAAAUAUGUUUGCUUCAUGCUCACCUGAUAAUAUAAAACAAUGGAAAUGUCCAGAUGGAAAGUUUAUCCAGAAUUUGUCUGGCCACAAUUGUAUUGUCAAUUGUCUUGCUGUGAACCCUGAAAGUGUUCUGGUAUCUGCAGGAGAUAAUGGUACUAUGUUCUUCUGGGAUUGGAGGACUGGCUAUAACUUCCAAAGGUUACAAGCUCCAGUUCAACCUGGAUCAAUGGACAGUGAAGCUGGCAUAUUCUCAAUGACAUUCGAUAAUUCCGGAUCUAGAUUGAUAACGACCGAGGCUGAUAAGACGAUAAAAAUAUACAAGGAAGACGACACGGCGACUGAGGAGACACAUCCCAUCAACUGGAAACCGGAUAUACUUAAGAGGAGGAAGUUUUAAAGCAAAGUUUGUUUUUUAUUUUUUUCCAUAUUUUCUAUUUAUCUUCCUUUGUCAAUUUUUAAUAAAACCAUCCUUGUGCAGAAGAAACAUUA